UUUUUACAUUAAGGAAUUCACUACCUCGAAGCUAUGAAUGAAUUUGUUGAAAUAAUUGAUUACAAUGGAAACUUCACGGGUUCUCCGAGUCAUUGGCUGAAAAAAGCGGAUUUAACGACACGAGGUUUUGAUUAUUCUGUUAUUACGGUAUUAGGAUGUCAAAGCAGUGGGAAAAGUACAAUGUUGAACACGUUGUUUGGUACAACAUUUCCGGUUAUGGACGCUUCCCUUGGAAGAUCACAAACCACAAAGGGACUUUGGUUGGCAAAAGACUUAAACUCUCCUACAAUUGUAGUAGAUGUUGAGGGAACGGAUUCAAAAGAACGUGGUGAAGACCGUUUAACGUUUGAACAUAGAACCGCUUUAUUUUCCUUAGCUUUAGCCGAUUGCGUUCUUGUCAAUAUGUGGUAUCAUGAUUUGGGUAGAUAUACUGCAUCCAAUUACGGCUUAUUGAAAACGGUGCUUGGUGUUAAUUUGGAAUUGUUUCAAACAGAAGAAACCUCUUCCAAAACGACAAUGGUAUUUGUUAUUCGGGAUUAUAACCGGAAACUAACUCCUCUAAAAACCUUAGAAGCAAUGAUUCACGACGAUUUGAAACGCUUAUGGAAAGAUACGCCCAAACCAACCAUGUAUGCGGAAUCCAGCGCGGAUGAUUUUUUUAACUUUGAAAUCGUUGGAUUGCCUUCUUUUAUUGAACGACCAGAAGAAUUCAUCUCAGCUUGUGCGGCAUUUAGGCAAAGAUGGUUAGCAUCUUUACGACCAAAACAAUAUUCCCGAGGUGUUCCAGCAGAUGGUUUUCCAUUUUAUGUUGAGAAAGUUUGGGAAACUGUUUUACAAUCUGCUCAAUUAGAUAUACCAUCACAAAAGACAAUGCUUGCAAUUUACAGAUGUGACGAGCUUAAAAGUGAAGCCUUUACAUGUGUUAUGUUCGAACUACAAGACUUUUUAAAAGACGUGCAAGUCUCGGGUUCUUCAGUGAAUGUUAGGGCGUGGUCGUUUAAAAUUAUAAAUCUUGCUUUAGAUAUGUUUGAUCCUCCGGCGUCUCGUUAUGAUUCAAUUGUUUAUAAAAAAAAACGUAUUCAGCUUAUUCAAAAUUUACAAAGAGAAAUACAAAAAGUUGGAGAUGUGAUCUUAUCAAAAAGACGACAGGAAAUUUUCGAUGAUUUCUCUAGGAAAACUAAUUUGUUUCUUGAAAAAUUGAAUACUCAGCAACAAGUUUUUGACGCAUGUCUUUAUUUCAGAAAAACUAUAGAUGAAGCAAAAAAAGAAGCUUUGAAAGAACUUUUAAGUGAGUUUGAAACCAUUAAUUUAGACGUUACAGAUGAGGAUAUAAAAGAACACUUUCAAAUUGAUACUGCACAACAUGAACAAGCUCUAUCAGCAAGUAUGGAAAGUGCUGUUCUUCUUUUUUAUGAGCAUUUAUUGCAAAAAGUUUCUACUGAAAUUUCGCAAAAAGCAUUUGAGAGCUUAGGCGAUGUUGAUCGUUUUUUGAAUUUUCCAGACUUGUCAGUUUCCUCUUUUUGGAGUGCCAUUGACGCUCAAAUUCACAAUACGCUCGCUAUUUUGCAAGAAGAACUUGAAAACGUUUUAAUAGGACUUGAAAGUGUCAUGACGGAAAAGCAAAUAAAUCCCAAGGAGUACUUCUUAAAAAUUAUAUACCAACAAAUUGAAUCAAAACUUAAAGUUAUUCUUGAUUGGCGUGCUCAUUAUAUUAUGAACCGGUUUCAACAAUUUUUUAACCAAGACAGUCAACAAGUACCUCGUCACUGGCAAAACUACACAAGUGACCACAUUAAAGAUAUAUAUUUGGAAGCGCGAGAAAAAAGCUUGGUUAUUCUUUCGAUUUUCUCGGAUAUGGAAAGUGUCGAAAUAUUUUCAGACAACGAUACUUUGAAGAAUAAUUUUCUUAAAUGGAUUCAGUCAAUGAAUUUAAAAGAGGAUGAAAUACUAGCAAAAGUGCAAAUUCAAAUGCAAAAAGCCUAUCAAGAAGCACAUUUGCUACAAACAACUAGAGGAAAUAGGUCUCGAAUUCCUUGGUGGAUAUGGAUUCUGCUCCUUGCUUUAGGAUACAAUGAAUUGGCAAUGAUUUUAGCGUCGCCUUUCAUUCUUCUAGCUGUACUAUUCCUAUGUUUAGUUGCUAGUAUAACCUUAUAUACUAACAAUUUCGGGUUAUUACAAUAUUUAGUCGCAUGCAUUUCGUCGUAUGUCACAUCAAUGAUUUCUUUUGGUUUGUCUGCAUUUGAUGCAACACGACCUCAAGCCGCUACGUAUCUUUACAAUGAUAAAUCCGCAUUAGCACGUAACAAACAUCAAUGUGUUGACGAGAAAAAAUAAAACAUAGUUUUGUUUUAAAAAAGUUAGAGAACUGAAAGAAUACAAUAAACAGUAACAUUUUCAUUGUAAUUUUUUUUCACGUAGUUUAUGACAUGGAACUAUUCAUUUUUGUGUUUGAAAAACAUUUCUUUAAUUUUAUCGUAUCUUAAGAAUCU